CCUCCUCUCCCCCCCCACGCCGCCCCGGCAGCAGGGCCCCCCUCCCCGCCCGGCUCGCGGGGUCUGCGGCAGCUGGAGGAGGGAGCAGCGUGAGCAGCCAUGAAGGACCGUACUCAGGAGCUGAGGACUGCCAAAGACAGCGACGAUGAAGAAGAGGUGGUUCAUGUGGACCGGGAUCAUUUUAUGGACGAAUUCUUCGAACAGGUGGAGGAAAUCCGCGGCUGCAUAGAGAAGCUGUCGGAGGACGUGGAGCAGGUGAAGAAGCAGCACAGCGCCAUCCUGGCUGCUCCCAACCCAGACGAGAAGACCAAGCAGGAGCUGGAGGACCUCACGGCCGACAUCAAGAAGACGGCCAACAAGGUGCGCUCCAAGUUGAAAGCCAUCGAGCAGAGCAUUGAGCAGGAGGAGGGGCUGAACCGGUCCUCGGCUGACCUGCGGAUCCGUAAAACACAGCACUCCACCCUGUCCCGUAAGUUCGUGGAGGUGAUGACGGAGUACAACGCCACCCAGUCCAAAUACCGGGACCGCUGCAAGGAUCGGAUCCAGAGGCAAUUGGAGAUAACUGGCAGGACAACCACCAACGAAGAGCUCGAAGACAUGCUGGAGAGCGGCAAACUGGCUAUUUUCACUGAUGAUAUCAAAAUGGACUCACAGAUGACGAAACAGGCUCUGAAUGAGAUCGAGACCCGACACAAUGAGAUCAUCAAACUGGAAACCAGUAUCCGCGAGCUGCAUGACAUGUUUGUGGACAUGGCUAUGUUGGUGGAGAGCCAGGGGGAGAUGAUUGACCGCAUUGAAUAUAACGUGGAGCACUCUGUUGACUACGUGGAAAGAGCUGUGUCCGACACCAAGAAAGCUGUAAAAUACCAGAGCAAGGCUCGGAGGAAGAAAAUUAUGAUUAUAAUUUGUUGCGUGGUCCUUGGUGUAGUUCUUGCUUCCUCAAUUGGGGGGACUCUGGGGUUGUAAAUUAAAGCAAAAAAAUAUAUAAUAAUAAUAAUAAUAAUAUAAUAAUAAUUUAAAGAAAAAUUGUACAUGCAAUGGAUAUAACAGCACAUGUUCCAGCUACCUAUACAUACAUUCCUUGGGGGUCAGCAAAUCUAAGUUUCUUGUUCUCUGCCAUCUUUCCAUCCAUCUCUCCAUCCCCCAGAGGCCUGGGUUCUCCCCAGAUCUUCUGACAUCCUUGACCACUGGUAGGAGGGCGUCGAUUUGUCUCAUAACCAGCCUUUGGGUUCACAGUGACCCAAAGCUCCGGUUCCUCUUCACAUCAGGGCUUAGCCUGGAGGGACGGUGUGGUGAUCUGUCCUUUGUUAACGCUAUCUUGUUUUGGGUUCUGCUGGGGAUGGUGUGGCCAAUAGUAGAGGGGAAAAAUACCAGUAAAAUACAUGGGAAACUAGCAUAACAGGAUAUUAUACUGUCAAUACUAGACUGUUAAGGAAUGCCAGAGUGGUUACCAAUCAGUUGUUAUGAAAAAAAAUACCAGUUUAUUCUAGGAAAUACGACAGUACCUGACUCUUACACUGUCAAUAUUAGCCCACUGAGGAAAAGAGGGGUCGUUACCCAUCAGUCAUUUGGAAAAAAUACCAGAGAAUUAUAUGAAACAUUAGAGCAGCAAACUAUUACAAUAUCAGUACUAAAAUAUUAAGGAAUAUCAGAAUGAUUACCAGUCAGUCACUGGCUGGGGUGGGGGGGGAUGGGGAUGACAGACUGUUACAUAAAAUACUAGAGUAACAGGAAACAGUGUUCAUACUAGAGCAUUGAGGAAUUCAAGAGCAUCCAGUUAUACCUGAGGAUGAAUGAAGCACGAUCCCAAAAUACUAAUAGUAACAUACUAGUCCUGCAUUAACAUAUUAACAUAUAGAGGAAUGCUACAGCAGACUCCAAUGCUACAGUAUCAAUGCUACGGUAUCAAAACCGCUAGAGUACAAAUACUGUCAUUCCAAAGAAUACUGUCAUACCUCAGAAUACUUCAAUAUAGAUUCAUAGAUAUCCAGGUCAGAAGGGACCACUACGAUCACCCAGUCCGACCCCCCUGCACAACGCAGGCCACAGAACCUCACCCACCACUCCUACAAAAAAAACCCUCAGAUAUCAGUGUUACUGCAGCCAGGUGUAUGAGAGCAGUGUUGCUAAAGUGCCCAAGAACCCAAACUGCUUCUACUGCAGUACCCAGGAAUAGUGGAGUAUUUAUGCUACGCGAGCAAGAAUGCAGUAGUCAUGAAGACUGGAGUAGCAAUACAACAGUAUGUAAGAGUGUUCAAACUGUCCAGAUGAGGUCAUCCCUCAUCAGAAGAUAUGAGAAUACUACAAAAUACUCCAGUUUCUAAAGAUACUCCAGUAUGCUUGACUUGGGGAAGCACAUGGCUAUUCCAGCUCACGCCUAUUUCCAAUUACACAUGCCAGGAAUGGUUGCCACUAUGUCAGGUGUUAUUGAAAAAGAAAUGAGCAUUACUACAGAAAUGCUACAAAAUCAAAUAAUACUCCAGUAUUCUAGAUGGGGAGAUCCUAACGUUCAGCCCCUCCUUUGCAUGAGAGCAGCUGUGAACAAAAAAUAUUAUUAAGUUAUUAAUGAUCAGGAAAUGUAUUACACUAUGCCAGAGUAACAAUCCUGGGCCAUUGUAAAAUAUACUAGAAUAAUGUACCCUGACAAGGCAAAUGACACAGUACUUGAAGGUAAUAACAGUAAUACAUGAUCGCAAAUACAACAGCCUUAGGAAGGAUAUUACUGUGGUGUCCUCGUGCAAUGUUGGCUCCUACAACCUAAGCCCUCACAAAAUACUGGAGUAUAAGUACCAAACACUACACCCUUAUAAAACACUAGAAUAAUAUUCUAAAGUAAUAACAGGUCCCAAAUACUAAACUCUUGUAAAAUACUAGAGUAAUAAUGGCACCCCAAAAUGCUAACGCCAUAUAAGAUACUAGAAAAAUAAGGGCUCCCAAAUACUACAACCUUAUUAUAAUUCUGCAGCACUAUAGAGUAAUAAUGGCUACCCAAAUAUUACACUCUUAUAAUACAUUCAGGUAAUAUAUAAAUACUGGACAUACAGGUUUCUGGGGAGGAAAAUCCCACCAUAUUUUAGACUAAUAGUGGUGCCCAAAUACUACACCUUUAUAAAAUUGCUUGGAUACUAUACGUAAUGACUGGUAAUUAUUAGUAAUAAAUGCUAAAUUGUAUGUCUAUGGAAAAAUAUCACGGUAUUCUAGAGUAAUGGGCUACACAUUUAUUUAAAAAUACCAGAGUUAUAUAGAGUAAUAUGGAAUAUGUAACAUUAUGCCUAAGAAAAGAAAAAAGACAGUAUUCUGGAGUGAGAGUAAGUGGCCAAGUAAAUACGUCCUUGAGAAAUAUAUUAAAGGAAUAUGGAGUAAAAAUGGAUAUCCAAAUAGCAUCUCUUUGAGAAAAAUACUACGGUAGUCUUCAGUAACAAUGGCUUGCCAAGAUUUACACCACUGUAAACAUCUCAAAUAUUAUACCCUCAUUUUAAAAGAAUCAUAGAAUAGGGCAAUGGGGGUCCGGGCCCUGUGGGGGACCAUGAGCAGGUUUCAGGGGGGCCGCCAAGCAGACUUGCUGGGGCCCAGGGCAGAAAGCCAAAUUCCCACUGCAUGGGGCUGAAGCAGAAGCCUGAGCAACUUAGCUUCAGAGUGCCCCCUGUGGCAUGGGGCCCUGGGCAACUGCCCUGCUUGCUACCCCCUAAUGCCGGUCCUGGCUUUUAUAUGCAGAAAACCAGUUAUUGUGGAACAGGUGAGACAUGGAGUUUUUAUAGCAUGUUUGUGGGGCCUCAGAAAGAAAAAGGUUGACAACCCCUGGAAUAGAAUAUAGUAACAAUGAAACCCAAAUACUACAUUCAUAUAAAAAUAUUGCACCAGGGUAUAUUAGUAAUAGCUCUGCGGGUAAUACAAUUAUAGUACAGAAUAAUAAGGGCUGUUCAAAUAUGCCCCUGAAACAAUAUUGCAGAAACCUAAAGUAAUAUUGGAUAGCCAAGCAAUACAGAGCUAAAAAAUACUACAGUAUUCCAGAGUAAUGGUAGCUCUCCUAAUACAACAUUCUUAUAAAAAUGCUAAAUCGCUAUAAAUUAAUAAUGGAUGCCUAACUACUUUACCUUUCUAUGUUAUAUUCGGAAAAAUUACUACAGUAUACUACGGUAAUACCGACCCUCCAAAUAUUACACCCUUAUAAAAGAUACUGCGGUACUCUAGAAUGUUACUGUUUUCCAAAGAAUGCUCCCUUAAGGAAAAUACCGAGGCAAUAUAGAGUCACAGUGAAUGCUGAAAUAUUGUUUCUCUGGAGAAAAUAAUACAAUAUUAUAAAGCAAUCAUGGCUCCCCAAAUACUAUACCUUUUAUAAAAAUGCUAGAGUAAUAAGAGAUGUCCAAAUACUGCACAGUUCUAGAAAUGUAAAACUAAUCUCGAGUAAUGCUGGCUAUAUUUGAUUGCUGCAGUAAUCUAAAGCAAUACUGGUCCCCAAAUACUAUAGCUCUGCAAAAUACUGUGGUAGUCUUGAGUAAUAAUGAUUAUCCAAAUAUGGCACUCUUAUAAAGACCCUGGAGUAUAUAGUGUAAUAGUGGCACUUAAAUAUAGCCUUGUAAAAAGUACGAUAGUAAUCUAGAGUAAUAAUGGUUCUCAAACGCACUCUUGUAAGAAUACUAGAGUAAUUUUGAGUCAUAAUGGCUCCCUGAAAAAAACACUUAUAAAAAUAUUUCAAUGAUAUAAAGUACUCAUGACUCCAAAACACACUUUUGUAAGAAUACUAGAAUAAUCUAGAGUAACCAUGGCUUGCAAAUACAGUUUGGAAACAAUUCUCACUCUAGAUUAUGGGAGCAUUUGUGUACACUAAACUUCUAUAAAUAGUGAUCUAAUUAACAGUGGCUCCUGAAUACACUUCUAGACUAAUUUAGAGUAAUAAUAUCUUCCAAACACACUUUGGAAACAAAUAUUACUCUAGAUUAUUCUUGUUUUCUUUACAAAAAUACUUCUCUAAGAAUAGUAACCGAGAACAAUAAUGGCUCCCAAAUACAUGUUUAUAAUAAUACUAUAGUAAGUUAAAGUAAUAGUGUCUCCCUAUCAGACCCUCAGAAAAUCAUGGAGUAAUGUGGAGUAAUAACCGGUCCCAAAUACACCCUUGUAAAAUACUAAAGAAAUUGGAGUAUUUAUGGCUCCCAAGUAUGCCAUGAUAAAAAUACUGGAAUAAUAAUGUAUCUCCAACGGCUAGUCCUCCCAAAUUACACUGCAGCAUUCUGGAGUAAUAGCCCCAAACGCUGCCAUGUCACUAUGGUAUUGGAGCUCAUUACUCUAGUACAGUGGAGUAUUCCUACAAGUAUCUGGGGCAAUUAUUCUGGGAUGCUGUAAGGAGAGUGGGUUUUUUUGUGGUGGGUAAGGUUAUCCCAGAGCAAUAUCAGCCACACCUGGGUAUUAACAGUCUUCAAGGCACCCUACGGCGGAACUGUCUUGUGGCCAAAUGCCACUGAGAGCUUUGGCCUCAGGAGGGAAUAGGCAUAGAGGAAGGGACUAGAUUGCUACAAACCACGUGGUGGGACUGUGGCUGGUCCCUCAUCCCAGAUGGAGGGGUGAUCACCCGUCAGGCUAUGAGGAGACACCCCAUCAGGACCCAUCUAGCCCGCACCCAACUGGGGCACAAUCAUCCCUGACCAUCUGCUGCCCCGGAAUCCUGCUUUCCAAUGUCCCAGCAAUGGGGCGACAUAAUUCUGUCCCUGUACCUCGUCCUUACCCACAAGGUCGUCUUCCUGACUACUGUGUCACACUGUUGCAUUUUAUAACAUACGUGGGUGCACGCACACACACACACACACACACACAUAUAUAGUGUGUGUGUGUGUAUUUCUAUUUCCAUACAUAUGUGUGUGUAUUCACACACAUGCUAUACACAACACAUUUCUGCAUGCUGCAUAUUGUAUACAUUAACGUACGUGUAUCUACCUAUAUGUAUAUGCGUAGGUGUGUAUUUACUUAUUUGUGAUUUUGUGUGUGUGUGUGUGUAUCUGUGAUUGUGUGUGUAUGUGUGCAUGUGUGUAUGUAUAUUUGUGAUUGUGUGUGUGUGUGUGUAUACACUUAUACAUUAUAUAUAUAUAUAUAUGUAUAUAUAUAUAUAUAUAUAUAUAUGUAUAUAUAAUUCUAGUUAUGCUAUAUAAAACUAUACCCUGUGACUAGGUAGAUAGAUUGAGAUACACACGGUGUAUACUACAUAUCUGUGUUUGAGUCUCCAGCUCAGUGGCUAUAGUCACAGCGGUCGGUGCAGCUGUAGCUAAAUGCUGGUCACGGAGAGUCAAUCUGCUGUAUUUGAGGUGGGUCCCACCGGCCCGCUCUCUGACUGGGAGUGGGGGCAUCCUGUCUAGACCAGGGAGAAGAGUGAGGAACAUUGUUGUGUGCAGAGCAGACAUAAACACACCAAAUAUACUAAUCAAGCAGGGUGGGCCCGGAAUGGGGCCAGGUCCCAGCUGGUGUCAUUCAGCUUUGCUUCACUGAAGGCAAAGAAGGUGGUACUUUUAUACCAGCUGGGGAUCUGGCCCAGUGGGUGUGAGAAUAUAUUGGAGGCAAUGUGUAUGUAUAUGUACCGGGAUAGGUAGGUAGAUAGAUAGAUAUGCAUAUGUGUAUAUUUGUAUCUUAAAUAUCCUACAGAUGUGUGUGUAUAUAUAUAUAUAUAUGUGUGUGUGUGUAUAUAAACAAAUAUUAAAUAUACUAUAGAUGUCUGUAUAUGUGUAUGUAUUAGAUAUAUUAUAGAUGUGUGUAUAUAAACACGAAUAUUAAAUAUGGUAUAUUGAAUUAAACCUCUAUAAUAUAUUUAAUAUUUCUAGUGUGUGUGUGUGUGUGUGUAUAUAAAGAUACACACAUAUACAGCAUAUUUACUGCUUAUGCAUGUAUGAGUAUAGAUAGACAGACACAUCUAUAGUAUAUUUCCUAUAUAUCUGUAUGCCUGAGUCAAUAUAUUUAUAUUUAAGAUAAAUACACACAUCUAUUGGGUAUUUAAUAUUUAUGUGUAUAUUCAUAUAUAUAAAGAUACAUAAAGACACAUCUACGGCAUAUUUAUUAUGUGUGUGUGGAUAGUAUAUUUCUUAUGUAUCUGUAUGAGUGCAGAUAUAUUUCUAUAUAAAUAUAAGUACACAUAUAUAAUACAUGUACAAUAUGUAUAUUUACCAUACAUAUAUCUAUAUCGCAUAUAUAUAUAAUAUAUAUCUCAUAUAUAGAUAUAUAUACAUAGAUAUAUGUGUAAAUAUUUAGAUUUAUAUACACACACACAUACAUAUGUAUAGGAAAUAUACCAUACGCGUCUAUAUCUAUCUUUAUAUAAAAAUAUAUGCAUAAUAUCUUUACUAUGUGUAUAAUAUUUAUAUAUAUAUGUUGUAUAUAAAUAAAUACACACAUACAUAUAUAGUACAUUUACUAUAGAUGUUUAUCUACCUUUAUAUAUGCACACACACACAUAUAUAAAUAUAUAAAAUAUCCUCUGUGUGUAUCUUUAUGUAUAAGUAUAUAGCUACAUUCCCAUAUACAUAGUAGCUAUACUAUAUAUGUGUGUAACUAUGGAUACACACAUAUAUCACAAAUAUACUAUAUACCUAUGUAUUCAUACACACACAGUGUGUCAAAAUAUACUAGACACACACACACACGCGUACACACACACACUCACAUACAGAGCCAGAAUCCCAGCUGGUACAAACGAUGAUAGUUCCAUGGAUUUAGCACCACUAACCAUUUCUAUCAGCUGCGGCUUGGCCCCAGGAUCUAGCCGUUAUAUGUAGUAUGUGAUCUGUGUGUGCGCUCACAAUCCCUGUACCCACCUACACAAUCUCCAUUCCUCCGUGUCUGCAUUCCCAGCCCACCUUCCAGAAAAAAAAAAAAAAAGGAACAAACCAAACUUAGAUUUUUUGAUCUUUUUUAAACAAAACACAAAAGCGAACAAAAAAAAAAAAGCCGCUAAAAAAAGACUAAAAAAACAAAACAAAUGCGGGAGAAAAAUUCCUACCGAGUUGUCGAUGUCCCUCGACUUCCCUUUUUUGGGUAUUGAGCUGUGUAUUGUUUCAAUGUGGGCUGUUUUCCUGUAAUCUGUGGUGUGUUUGCUAAGAAACAAACAAACAAAUAACAUCUUCAUUUUUUCUUACCUUCCUCCCUUUCCUGUUUCCACUUCCGUUCUCUUCCUCUGGCCCUCUUCGGUCUGUGUGGCAGUAAAACAUUUUUAAAAAGACAAAUGAACUGGAAAAAAAAACAAAAAACACUCACAUUUUCCCCCCUUUUGCUGCUUGGAAACAUGUAAAAGAACAGCCAAAAUAAAUUAGUUUUCCAAUCACCGCAUGAUCUGGGAUCCUGUCUGGAUUUAUCGCUCCUCUAUUUCCCCCACCCCCCCACCCCCAUUAUUUGCUCCGCUUUGGAUCGAGAGAGUUUUCCCCUCCCUCUCACUGAACCUGAGAGGAACCAAUGUUUUGUUCCAGAUGGGAGCUGUGAGAUGGUUUUGGCCAGAUAAAUAGCAACACAUCACACGCCUACACACGCACAAAGUGAACUGAGGAGGUACAAUAGUGAGUGGUGAUGCAAAUGCACCCGCCCACCCACAGAGUGAACCGAUUCGGGGGGGGGGGCGUGCAAAACACAAGUGCAUUCUCGCACACACAAGGCCUGAUUUCCUCCAGCAGGAGGCAGCAUUUCACACAUACACACAGAGACACAUAGACCCACCCCUUCAUGGCCAGUUUGAUGCAAACCCCAACAAAUAAAAUCACCUCCCACGGCUGAGAAGGUGGGGAGCUGCUACCAUUCCUCAUAGACAGGGUAUCUCCGGGGCAGAUAUAAUUCCACCUACUGAGUGAAGAACAUAUCACCCCUCUUCUCUACCCCCCAGCUCAGGCAGGCACCCUGGGAGCGCCCCAAAAACUAGCAUCCUUCCCUCUGAGGGUGCAGGGUGGAGGAUUCCACUCCACAAAGCCCCAUAACCUUCCCCCGUAGGUCAGGUUUUCCAAACCUUUUCUCGUUUUUGUUGCUCUCCUCUGGACUCUCUGCAAUUUGUCCACGUCUGGCCUAAAGUCACAGGACUCCAGCUGAGGCCUGAGCAGAGCGGGACAAUCACCGUCCGUGUCUUACCUACGACACGCCAGUUCAUACACCCCAGAAUGACAUUCGUCAUUAGCCUUUUUUCAGAACUACAUCACAUGGCUGAUUCAGCUCCAAUUUGUGACCCACUGUCACCCCCAGAGCCCUGCCAGCCAUCUGACCCCCUACCCACUUAGUCCCCAUUUGGUAGCUGUGCGUUCAAUUUUUUCCUUCCUAAGUGAAGUAUGUUGAACGUGUCUGUAUUGAACAUCCUGGUGUUGGCUUCAGACCAAUUCUCCAACCCGUCAAGGGCGUUUUGAGUUCGAAUCCUCUCCUCCAAAGGGCUUGCCACCCCGCCCAGCUCGGGUCAUCUGCAAUUUGAAUAGCGCACUCUCCUCUCCAUUAGCCAAGUCAUUCGUGAAAAUGUCAGAUGGGCUAAUACCGGACCCAGGACUGACCCCUGCAGGAGACGCCCGCCUGACCCUGUCACCUCAUCCGUGUGAGGCACGCCCAUGAACGCCACCAGAUCAAUGUGCGGCCCUGGAUUUAACAAAGCAGCCAGCGCAGGGUGACUGUGGUGGCCCUGUUAGGCCCUGAUCAUCAACGCAAUGUAGGCUCCUAACUUCCUUGAAGUCCGUGGAAAUGAGCUGAAUGAAAUACAGUCGAGGAUCCGGAUUUUAUAAACGCACAACAGGCUUUGCUUUUGUGCCUGCAGGUGCCGAUUCAGCCAAGCAGCUGGUCAGAGCACGAACGGGAUGGAUUUGCUGGCAUCGCCUCUCCGGUCCUAUGCGCCCAAAUCCAUCCCUGCUCACUGCGGCACGUAAACCUGCCUUUGAGAUGCCGAUCUGCCGACAAGUGGGAAGAGUCGAUGGGCUUUUGAGUGUCUUGUCCGAUCCCUGCCCGGAGCCUAAAACCCUGUGGCUAGCUCACGUGUCUUCCAGCAAGGCGGCCAAUCGAGAGCUGAUGUUUCGGGCCAAUCCACCGCUUCCUUUCAGAGCGUCUCUGCCUUUGGAUCAGACUCAAUGUGCCCUUGGCUGCUUCGUGGAAAUCUGGGCCGCCCGUCGAUCCCAUCGGGGUUCAUGGGACGGCUUGCUUAGGCGAAGGACGUAACAAGAACAAUAAGUGGCUUCAGAUUUAAGCACGCGCAUAAAGUUAAAGGCGUUCACGGCCCCCGUCAGUUUCAGCCGGCGCGUCAGUUUCGGCAGGAUCCCAGGCCCCAUCCUGUUAACAGGGUCACCUCCCCCCCCCACUCCUCUCCUUCCUUUCCUCUGGGUCUAUUUUGCCAUUCGUUCCUUCCAUCCCUUCUGCUGUGUGUAAAUAUUAACUGAGGAGCACGACGGGUCAUUUCCUUUUGCCUGCUGAGUUGCUUUUUCCCCUCUGAAUGCGCUUUUCCCCCCACCCCCAGCCUGGUCGCGGAGCAUUCGAGUGUCACUUCUGGGCAUUUGCUUCUGAGUUUUUAAUCUAUUUGUUUUAAGUCUUUCUUUCUUUUCUUUUCUUUUUUUCAUUGGAAAGCAAAUGAAUUGUCCGAUUCUUCCGGUUUUCAAUGUCUGUCCUAAUGUGCAUCAUUAAAGCCAGCGGCUAAUUGCUCAACCUUGUCCCACUCAAGCAGGUGAUCUAGUCUGUCCCUUGCAUAGCACAAGCCAGAGAAUUUCAUCUGGCAACCCCUGAACUUCACCCAGUGAUUUACAUUUGUCUGAAGCACAUUGUCUAGAAAGUAAAUGAUUUAAGACAACCCAGAUCUUUUAACUCCAGGCUUUGCUUUGCUAACAUAGACUCACCAGCCAGGCUUUUCAGAGAGUUUGAUUAUGUAUAUGCAGAAUGCAGACAUUUCAUUUCAUUAGACAUUAAAGGCCCGAAGAGAUCAUCCAGUCUGACACAACCCAGAGAAUUUUCCCCCACCCCACUCUGCCCAUGAUUCCUGCAUUACCUUGAGUUUGAGCAAGAGGGUAGCCCGUGGAGACACAGCCAAUGUCAAGCUACACGGUGCCAAGCUAUGGAGAAUCUGUUGCAUCUUUCAUGUUGUUGACGCUGAAUCUUGAAAGCCCAUGAGAUCAGCUUUAAAAUAUACCAAAUGUUAGGUUAUCGGCCUUCCAUUUUGUUAACACUGCAUUUUGGAGCUUUUCUCUACAACCCUAUCGACUAAAAACUUGGUUUUUAAAAAACAGUUUGACAGCUGAGAUUCCCCCGUCAUCACAGGACUCUGGGGCUUUAGAGUGAGUGCCAGCUGUCGAGAGAGUUGCAACGAAAAUCUCCAGAGUUGGCCACGCUGCCGUGAAAAAAUUUGUCCCUUGUUUCUGGCCUGAAUUUGUCUGGUUUCACCUCUCAGCCACUGGGGCUCCUUCUGGAGAUAAUGCACAAUCAAAUCUAGCACAAUUUGUGGCUUAAAAAUAUCAAGUUGAACUUCCCUGUCCCCUAUAAAAAGAUGAAGAUUCACCGGCAAGGGUUAGACUUCAGAAUUUACCAAAUCGGGAGAAGAUCACAGCUAUCCCUCCUUAAAAUUAAUGGUCAGAUUCAUCCCAAUACAACUCUUCCACCAGCACAAUAGAUUAGGAUUUAGUCCCAUAGGACCAAACAAUUUGUCUCAGUAAGAAUAAAUAUUUUGGGGCUAAAAUAUUGGGGUGAAAUUACACUAAAGCGAAAAAAUAGUCAGUCUUCAUCUCAUUCAUUGUGCCCAUCAGCAAAGUGAUCAAAGAUUAGAAUUUGAUAGGAGCACACAGUUUGUCUCAGCAAGCAUGAAUAUUUAUCAGGUGAAAUCCAUGCUCAGAAAAAACCCAGGAAAGAGCCACAAGAUAUUUUCAUCUCCUGCGGAAGGUUUAGGACUUAAUCCCUGGCUUGACUGGAAUUGUAAUAUUUUUUCUCUGCAAAACUUUUGUCUCACGGGUUUGAAAAAAGAUGCUUGCAUGUUUUAAUGAAAAAAAAAACCUAAAACAUAAAAAAAAGAACAAACCCCCCCCACCACCAAACCUGGUUUGAGAUUGUGGCGUGUACCCUUUAUUCUUCUGCCUUGCGCUCUGCUCUCCUCUGGAACGAGAGAAAAAAACAAAGCAAAAACAACGAAUGAAUGAAAAAAUUUAAAGUCUGUGUGGGUUCAAAAAAACCAAAAAAAAGGACUCAAAAAGCA